AGUGAAAGAAAACGCUUCAAUGGAAAAUGGGUCUAUCUCAGAAUCUUUAGACAGGGGCAAGGCUAUGAGGGGUGGCAGUGGCAAGAGACAUGAUCCUAAUGCUGCCAUAGUUGAGCCAUUUGUGCCAAGAAGUGAGCACAAUCCUAAAGAGUUGAGGUCAUGGGCAAAGAGAACUGGUUUUGUGUCUGAUAACUCUGGGGAAGCUGGGACUAGUGCCAGUGAAAAGUUUGAUAGUGUUGGGUUUGAUGUAGAGAAGAGUGUUGAUGAUCAGAGAGAUGGAGGGUCCUCUCCCAAGAUAGAGAUCGAUCCAAUCCUGGGGCUGGCGAGGCCCAAUAAGGACAAUGAGAUUGAACCAGUUUCUGUGUUGAAGCAUGGAGCCAUGAGGAGUGAGAAGGACACAGUUUUGAGAUCAAAGGAUGCGUGGAAUGGUAGAGUAGGGAACCAAAAACAGAGGAAGAAAAAUAGGGAUGAGCCUGUUUUGGCCUUGGUUGCUAAUGAUGACAAGAAAAUUGGGUUAAGAGGGAAUGGUGAUGCUAAUGGAAUUGUGACUUUGAAUCGUGAUAACAAUGGCCAUGGAGUCCCCGCUGUUGCUCCUCUUCCCGAACAAAAGAACGAGGAUCAAGGUGUAGGUGAAGAAGAUGUUAAGGUGAAUUUGUAUCCGGAGGGGGAGGAACCUGCUGAUAGAGGGUGGCAGGCACCAUCUGAAUUGAAGUACGGGCUUAGAGAAAAUCCGGGUCUUGUACCUCUUAUCUAUUACGGCCUGCAGCACUACCUAUCAUUGAUUGGCUCGCUAGUAUUAAUCCCAUUAAUCAUGGUACCAGCCAUGGGUGGAACAGAUAAGGAUACUGCUAACGUAGUUUCUACAAUGCUGUUUCUUUCUGGCAUCACAACAAUACUGCAUUCCUACUUUGGUACCCGUCUACCUUUAGUUCAAGGGAGCUCAUUUGUGUAUUUGGCACCAGUAUUGGUUAUCAUAAAUGCUGAAGAAUUUCGAAAUCUUACAGAACAUAAAUUUAGGCACAUGAUGAGGGAACUCCAAGGAGCUAUAAUAAUUGGUUCAAUACUCCAAUGUAUCCUGGGAUUUAGUGGUUUAAUGUCUCUUCUUCUCAGGGUAAUCAACCCAACUGUGGUGGCUCCAACUGUUGCUGCUAUAGGUUUAGCAUUCUUCAGCUAUGGCCUUCCACAAGCUGGCACUUGCUUGGAAAUUAGCAUUCCACUGAUAGCAUUGGUUCUAAUAUUCACACUGCAUCUUCGAGGAAUAUCUAUAUUUGGACACCACAUGUUUCGGAUUUAUGCUGUUCCCUCGAGUGUUACAAUAGUUUGGAUAUAUGCAUCUUUUUUAACAGCAGGGGGAGCAUUUAACUACAAAGGAUGCAAUCCCAAUAUCCCAAGUUCAAACAUUCUUACUGAUGCAUGCAGAAAGCAUGCUGAUACAAUGAGGCAUUGCAGGACUGAUGUAUCCAAUGCAUUGUCAACUUCUGCAUGGCUCAGAAUUCCUUACCCAUUACAGUGGGGGUUUCCUAUUUUCCAUUUUAGAACUUGCAUAAUCAUCGCCAUAGUGUCUCUAGUUGCCUCUGUGGAUUCAGUUGGAACUUAUCAUACUGCAUCUUUGCGAGUUAAUUUGAGGCCUCCAACUCCAGGGGUUGUGAGCAGAGCGAUAGCAUUGGAGGGUUUCUGUAGUAUCUUGGCUGGUCUUUUGGGUUCGGGUACUGGAUCAACAACGUUGACAGAAAAUGUGCACACAAUUGACAUAACAAAGGUGGCAAGUCGGAGGGUAGUGGAAGUUGGAGCAGCUUUCCUGAUUCUAUUCUCAUUUAUAGGAAAAGUGGGUGCUCUUCUUGCUUCAAUUCCACAAGCCUUGGCUGCUUCUGUACUGUGUUUCAUAUGGGCUCUUAUUACAGCAUUGGGCUUGUCAACCUUACAGUAUGGUCAAUCAGCAAGCUUUAGGAACAUAACAAUAGUUGGCGUUUCAUUGUUCCUUGGUCUAUCCAUUCCUUUCUAUUUUCAACAAUACAACCCUCAAUCCAGCCUGAUACUGCCUGCUUAUCUGGUUCCUUAUGGUGCUGCAUCUAGUGGACCAUUCCAUUCAGGCUUUGAACAACUUGAUUUUGCAAUCAAUGCUCUUAUGUCCUUAAACAUGGUGGUUACACUGUUUGUGGCAAUCGUACUAGACAACACUGUCCCAGGAAGUCAACAAGAACGAGGGGUGUAUAUAUGGUCCCGAGCUGAAGACUUUGCAACUAAUCCCUCACUGCCAUCCCCAUAUUCUCUGCCAAGGAAAGUCGCUCGUUGUUUCUGUUGGGCAAAAUGUUUGGAUGUCUGAAUACUAGCCUGGGGAGAAAAAGAUAAAACAGAAAGUCAUAGCUUGGAGCCUUGGAGAUUAGAUGAUAUUGCAGCUCAUGAAGAAUAAAGAUCAAUAUACAUGGGUAUAAUUACAGCGACACCAAAUAGGACAUAUAGUUUACCACUAAUUAUGAUUGUGAAAUUACACGGCUGCUUUUACAUACAUCAAUUUUUGAACUGAAAAAAAAAAUG